AUGACUCACCACAUUACAUUUCUUUGGACAGUUUUGGUCCUGCUUCUUCAGAAUUCUGUAUUAGCUGAAGAUGGGGAGAUAAGAUCAAGCUGUCGUACUGCUCCUACAGAUUUAGUUUUCAUCUUAGAUGGCUCUUAUAGUGUUGGUCCAGAAAACUUUGAAAUAGUGAAAAAGUGGCUUGUCAAUAUCACAAAAAACUUUGACAUUGGACCAAAGUUUAUUCAGGUUGGAGUGGUCCAGUAUAGUGACUAUCCUGUACUUGAGAUUCCCCUUGGAAGCCAUAACUCAGGAGAGAAUUUGAUCGCAGCAAUGGAAUCCAUACAUUACUUGGGAGGAAACACAAGGACUGGAAAGGCCAUUCAAUUUGCACUUGAUUACCUUUUUGCCAAGUCCUCAAGAUUCCUGACUAAGAUAGCAGUGGUACUGACAGAUGGAAAAUCCCAAGAUGAAGUCAAGGAUGCAGCAGAAGCAGCAAGAGACAGUAUGAUAACCUUAUUUGCCAUUGGUGUUGGUUCAGAAACAGAAGAUGCAGAACUUAGAGCUAUUGCCAACAAACCCUCAUCAACUUACGUGUUUUAUGUGGAAGAUUAUAUUGCAAUAACCAAAAUAAGGGAGGUGAUGAAGCAGAAACUUUGUGAAGAAUCUGUCUGUCCAACACGAAUUCCAGUGGCAGCUCGUGAUGAGAAAGGAUUUGAUAUACUUUUAGGCUUAGGUGUAAAGAAAAAGGUUAAGAAAAGAAUCCAGAUCUCACCAACAAAAAUAAAAGGAUAUGAAGUAACAUCAAAGGUUGAUUUAUCAGAAUUCACAAGCAACGUUUUCCCAGAAGGUCUCCCUCCAUCAUAUGUAUUUGUCUCCACUCAGAGAUUUAAGGUCAAGAAAAUGUGGGAUUUAUGGAGAAUUUUAACCAUUGAUGGAAGGCCACAAAUAGCAGUAACCUUAAAUGGUGUGGAUAAAUCCUUAUUAUUUACAACGACCAGCAUAAUUAAUGACACCCAAGUGGUCAUCUUUGCUGAUCCUAGAGUUAAGACAUUAUUUGAUGAAGGCUGGCAUCAAAUCCGUCUCUUAGUAACAGAACAAGAUGUAACUCUGUAUAUUGAUGAUCAGCAAAUUGAAAACAAGCCCUUACAUCCAGUUAUAGGAAUCUUCAUCAGCGGACAAACCCAAAUUGGAAAAUACUCUGGGAAAGAAGAAACUGUUCAGUUUGAUCUCCAAAAGUUGCGAAUCUACUGUGACCCAGAACAGAACAACCGGGAGACAGCCUGUGAGAUUCCUGGAUUUAAUGGAGAGUGUCUAAAUGGUCCCAGUGAUGUCAGCUCAACUCCAGCUCCAUGUAUAUGUCCACCAGGAAAACCAGGACUACAAGGCCCCAAAGGUGACCCUGGACUGCCUGGGAACCCUGGCUACCCUGGACAACCUGGUCAAGAUGGUAAGCCUGGAUAUCAAGGAGUCCUGGGGUCACCAGGUGUUCCAGGAUCCCCGGGGAUACAAGGAAUUCAAGGACUUCCAGGCUACAAAGGAGAACCUGGGAGAGAUGGUGAAAAGGGUGACCGUGGACUUCCUGGUUUUUCUGGACUCCAUGGAGUGCCAGGAUCAAAGGGUGAAAUGGGCCCCAAAGGAGAUAAAGGAUCACCUGGAUUGUAUGGCAAAAAGGGUGCAAAAGGUGAAAAAGGUAAUGCUGGUUUUCCUGGCCUUCCUGGACAUGCUGGUGAACCAGGAAGACAUGGAAAGGAUGGAUUAAUGGGUAGUCCUGGUCUCAAGGGAGAAGCAGGACCUCCAGGUGCUCCAGGACAGGAUGGAUCACGAGGCGAGCCUGGAGUUCCAGGAUUUCCUGGAAACCAAGGAAUAAUGGGACAAAAGGGAGAAAUUGGACCUCCAGGACCACAAGGAAAAAAAGGAGUUCCGGGAAUGCCUGGUUUGAUGGGACGUGAUGGCUCACUAGGUCAGCCUGGAACACCAGGAUCUAAGGGAAGUAAAGGUGAACCUGGACCUCAAGGAAUGACUGGGCCUUCUGGGCUCAAGGGAGAACCAGGAGCAGUGGGUCCCUCGGGAGAGCCAGGAUACAUGGGUUUACCUGGGAUACAAGGAAAAAAGGGAGACAAAGGAGAACAAGGUGAAAAAGGCAUUCAGGGUCAAAAGGGAGAAAAUGGAAGACAAGGAAUUCCAGGGCAACAGGGAAUUCAAGGCCAUCAUGGUGCAAAAGGAGAGACAGGUGAAAAGGGAGAACCUGGUUUCAGAGGUGCCAUUGGACCAAAAGGAGAAUCUGGGAUGGAUGGCUCAAUGGGGCCUAUGGGUCCCAAAGGACAACAGGGGGAAGCAGGUCCUCAGGGCCCCCCAGGAUUGGAUGGGAAGCCUGGGAGAGAAUUUUCAGAACAGUUUAUUCGACAAGUUUGCAAUGAUGUAUUAAGAGCCCAGCUACCAGUCUUACUUCGGAGUGGAAGAAUUCAAAAUUGUGAUCAUUGUCAGGCCCAUCAUGGUUCUCCAGGUAUUCCUGGGCCACCUGGUCCCAUAGGACCAGAAGGUCCCCGAGGAUUUCCUGGUUUGCCAGGAAGAGAUGGUGUUCCUGGUCUAAUGGGUGCUCCUGGCCACCCAGGUGCAAAAGGUUUGAAAGGUCUACCAGGGAGAAAUGGGGCAAAAGGGAACCAAGGGUUUGGAUACCCUGGAGAACAAGGCCCUCCUGGUCCCCCAGGUCCAGAGGGCCCUCCUGGAAUAAGCAAAGAAGGUCCUCCUGGAGACACAGGUCUUCCUGGCAAAGAUGGAGAGCAUGGAAAACCUGGAAUCCAAGGGCAACCAGGACCCCCUGGCAUCUGUGAUCCAUCACUGUGUUUUAGUGUAAUUGUUGGAAGAGAUCCCUUUAGGAAAGGACCAAAUUAUUAG